UGUUGGGAACAAACCUUGGGAACAAGCUCGCGUCCUGGUUCAUUUUCAGAACAUGUUCCCAUCGUUAUGCCCGAGCCAUGGAUUUUACUGAAUACCUCAGAAGUUUGCAAUUGAAGGAUAACUCAAAAUACCCCCAUAUGAUGGACCAUGCCACAAAGAAUUCAGAAAACAAGACCUCUGAGCAUAAAACUCUUCAAACUGACAAGUUGAGGUCUGAAGGCAAUAAAACUGCAUCCAAACUGCCUUUUUUUCCCAGAGGGAUUCAGGAUUCUAAAGGCUGUGAGAAUGAGUGUGUGGCUGGAGGACAUGCAGGGGAUGCUACAAAGCAUGUGACUGAAUCUUUCAAGGCUUCAGACUUGAUUAUCACUCCAGCUACGACUUUCAAGGAAAAACCAGACCCCACUGGUUUGGUGUUUGGAACUGUGUUCACUGAUAAUAUGCUGACAAUUGAAUGGUCCCUGGCGUCAGGAUGGGAGAAACCUUAUAUUAAGCCUCUUGAGAACCUUUCGUUGCAUCCAGCCUCCUCCUCUCUACAUUAUGCUAUAGAACCAAGAGGACAGACAGAGGAGAAUCUGGUGCCAAUGCUGUGGCUCAAUGAAUACACAUUGUUUGAGGGCAUGAAGGCCUACCGCGGCGUGGAUGGCAAAAUCCGCCUCUUCAGACCCAGCCUCAACAUGGAGAGGAUGGCGCGAUCGGCCCGACGAGCGACGCUGCCGUGUUUUGAUGAGAAUGAGCUGCUGGAGUGCAUCCGGAAGCUGGUGGAAGUGGAGAAGGAGUGGGUGCCCUACUCGACUGCUGCCAGCCUGUACAUCCGUCCCACUUUAAUUGGAACUGAGCCUUCUCUUGGAGUAAAGAAGCCAACUAAAGCCCUGCUCUAUGUCAUACUGAGUCCUGUGGGCCCUUACUUUGCAAGUGGAAGUUUUAAUCCUAUAUCCUUAUGGGCUGAUCCAAAAUAUGUAAGAGCCUGGAAAGGAGGAACAGGAGACUGCAAACUGGGAGGGAAUUAUGGUUCUUCUAUUUAUGCCCAGAGAGAAGCCUUGGAGUUAGGUUGCCAGCAGGUUCUGUGGCUCUAUGGAGAAGAUCAUCAAAUAACUGAAGUUGGAACGAUGAAUCUCUUUCUCUACUGGAUAAAUGAAGAUGGAGAAGAUGAACUGGCAACCCCACCAUUAGAUGGCAUCAUACUUCCAGGAGUGACAAGACAAAGCAUUUUGGACCUGGCAUGUGACUGGGGGGAAUUUAAAGUAUCUGAGCGAUACAUUACCAUGAGUGACCUGACAACUGCCUUGGAAGAGAACAGAGUGAAGGAGAUGUUUGGUGCUGGCACAGCUUGUGUUGUAUGUCCCAUCUCUAAGAUAUUAUAUAAAGGCAAGCAUUUACACAUUCCAACUAUGGAGAACGGACCUGAGCUGGCAACCCGUUUCCUGAAUAAGUUGAGUGAUAUCCAGUAUGGAAGAGAAGACAGCAACUGGGCAGUGCUGGUGUCCUGAAGGCAGAAGAGCUCAGACCCUCCAGAGAGAGCAAACAUGAAUAAUGACAACUUCUGUAGUGCCUGUGCGUAGUGUAGUUUCCGUAUCACUUUGCUCCCCGGGAUGAUUGGUUCCACAGUCCAGGGAAUGUGAACACAAUCACUUUUGAUUUCUACUGUAAUCCUGCUAGUAGAAGCCUAGCUUCUUGGUAGAGGUGCUAGAUGUUAGCAAUAGACCUUUCCUAAUGGUUUUCUUAGUGCCUCCUUGUGUCUUAUGUACAGACCAAAAACUUGUAAAAUGCUCUUCAACUGCUCUUCAGUUUGUUUGUUUGUUUGUUGGGUUUUUUUUAACUGCCUCCUCAGCAGAACAGGUUGCCAUAUAACACAAGGACAUUGCCUGUUCCUUGGGUCCAAGGUUCUAUUGACAUCAUUUGCCUUUUGCUCUGUGUCCAGGAAAAAAAUAAAUUUAGCCAUACAUCCCUUCCCUUUGUACUCUGCUUGUAUGGGAGAUGCCUGUGUUUGCAGAGCCCUGCAGCUCUCCUUCAUUUUCUGCCAAAUAACAGCUCUGUCAUUUAGUCCAGAACGCUCGGUGUGGAUCAAGCCUGCAUUUUGUGAACGGUGGCUGUGGGGCAGGGGCAGGACAAUCCUCUGCUCCUCAGGGCUGGACCGUGCCACGCUGAGGCCCAGUGUUGGCCCAGUGCAGAGCUGGGAGAUGCUCUUUCAGUGUUGCCUUCUGGAUGCAUGUCUAGAAAUAACAUUAGGCCCCCGUGGUGGUGAAGGCUGAACCACCCUUGUUGGACAAAGUAAAAGCAAGCAAGGCUUUGGAGGGAGGAUGAAUUAAAAUAAUUUUCCUUCUACAUCCAAGCACCUAAUCUGGUUCAGCAAAAUAUUUUUCUCAUUCCUUUCCCCAGUCUUGGGCUCCCAGAGGCUGGUUACAUUCCUCACUAUAGCCCUGCUGUUUAAGGAACAAGCUGUACUGUCAGCAGGAAAUACCCAGCACAAGGAAGAAAGAGACUUCAUUCAAAUCCUGUUUGCAGUUUAAGCACUUACUUCUUGUGUGCUGCUACACACUAAGACACAUGCAGUCUUGAUAUCAUUUGGAAGCAGUAUGAAGCAUGUAGCCCAUAGUUAGGGAAUUAACUUCUGUAAAAUGUCACUAACAAAUAUACUGUAAUAUUUAUUAGCUUUUGAUUAUUGCACACAGCUUUGUCAAACAGCUUUAAGAUGUCUCUAGCCAAAAAGGAUCACCAUAUUGUGUUAUCAGUGCUCCAAAGUGCUACUUCAGCAUAAAGCUGGUGGAACUUUAUUGACACUAAUGGAAUCUUAUAAGAAAUAAAAGUGAAGCAUUUAUUGCCAUAGUGUACAGUAGAGAUGCACCAGUAUUAAGGGAAAUAAUUAGCACUUUAAAAAAAAAUACUCAAUAGUAUCUCUCCUAUUCUUUGUAAGAGUGCUUAGUUGUUGUUGGCAUUUGUUAACAUAGUUUGAAAAGGCAAAGUAUCAUUUCAUCCAUGCCUUAUGCAACUGCUGAAAAGUAGCCAUAUGGCUUUCCUGUUCAUUUUGGACAGAUUUUAAAGACAAAUGUUACUUAGCCAUCCAUUACUUUUGGACCCUCAUGUGAUGACUUCACUAUCUCUCACUGCAGUGAAGUCUAUUAUUUUAAUGAAGAACAGUUGAAGGUUCUCUCAGACAAUGUAACCAUUGGUGAAAUACGUUGGACAGUUUUCUCCUUAGGAUACAUCUGCAAGCACAAGUUGCAGUUUCAUUUACAGUAGCAGUAGUACCGUGUCGCUGCUCUUCUUAGCACUUGAAUCUGUGUUGUGUUUUGGUCCUUGUAUCUUAUCCUGUAUUUUAAGCUGCUAGUAGUCUUCUGCUGUGGUUACAUGGGUGGAAAAAUGAAUAUCAGGAAUAUGUCAAGCUGUAGUCUGGGGUAGAGAGUUUUAUCCAAUGAGGCAAGUAUCAUAACUAAAGAGUGCCUUGAAUUAGAGUGUGCAUGGCUUGGAGCUCUUUAAAGGUGAUGUAAUGAGAAAUCCUCUGUGGCUUCCUGUUACUGAACUGUGUAAUCUCGUCCCUUAUGUUCAGUUUGUUUUUAGCAGCAAAGGUGGAAAUAUCAAACUAAAAGGCAUAGGGAACUGGAUAUAUGAUCUUUUAACACAUCAAUAUGCUAAUAGCAUUAAGAAAUAUUGUAUAUCAAAAAUCCCUGCGAGGGCACCAGUAUAAAAGCACUAAUUAAUUCCCUAGUUUGAAUGAAUAAGGACAAGCUAGAACAAUUAUUUGAUUGUCUUAUAGAACCUCAAAGUUGUGUAAAACUCUUCUCAGAUUGGAUGCAAUUAAUUUAAUGUGAAGAAACAAAGUUGUUUUAGUGAUUGUGGUUUGCACUGUUUCUUACACUGGCCAGAGAUAAACCUUUCGUUUUACUGUACUUUCUGAACUGACAGUGACUUCAAAAUCUUAAAUGUUCAAACUGGAAUGACCCACAGAAACCUAUAGAUGUUUCUAGCAGAGGAAAAUGAAAGAUUGCGGAUAUAUAUGGUCAAUUCUUGUCUAUACCACCCUAGUUAAUUGCUUUACUUUGGCUGUGCCAACUCAAGAGUUGUGCUUGUUUCUAAAUGAGGUCUAUGUGAAUAGGCUCUAGAUUUUAAACUUAAAUAACUGAAACCUAAAUAAGGUAGGGGAUGCGUGAAGCAGAUUCUUCAUAUCUUGAGUGCAGUCCUACCAUGCAUUCUGUCACUGUGUUUUCUCCUGUUAACCAAAGGAAAGAAAUGGCAUUUGUAAAUAAUAGUGAGUAUUUGAUAUUGCAUGCUCCCUGUUUUAGUCUGAAAAAUUUAGGAGGGAACUGUGGUUUUCCCUGAGCUAAUAAUUGUAAAAGAACAUCUGCACAUCUCUUUUCUCUGUAGCCUAUUUGUUUAAUUGCAGCAGAUUUACAUAGAAAGAGUACAUCAUAACUAGGCAAUUAUCCAUUCUUCAUCACUUAGUUAUGGUUCUGCUAAUUGAUCAUUUAAGACAUAAGAUAGUCUAGCAUUAGGAGCAUUUGAGACUGUUCAAAAAAGAUCAACAAAUUAAUACUGUUGUGUGAUAUUUGCAUAAUUGGCUGCAAUUAUUUAAUGUUUAAUUGGGUUGAUCAAAUGAGAUUCAGCCUUUCACAUGUUUAUGUUUUACAAACACUGGUACUUUAAAAUGAUAAUAACAAACUCUAAUUUUUGCAUGUUCUUUCUCCCCUCUUCUUCAUUUUCCUGAUUAUUAUUUUCAGUAUUAGGCAUGUCCUUAAUUUUCAGUAUGGUGAGCAUGACUCAGGCAUAGAAAAGAAGUCCUUCAAACGAGAGAACAUCUCGUGGAACUGGGAGUUCCUGCAGGCUUUCUUAAUGCCAAAAGUUCUGGCAGGAGCAAAUGGCAUUAUUUAACUAGUCUUACCAGCAAUCGAGGCAAAUUCACCAAGGAUUUACAAUGACAGACUCCGGUGGGAGUGCUAACAAAGCUUCUUGCACAGGGUCGCUACUCCAUUCAGUCUGCAGUGGUGCAAAGCAAAUAGGAUUUUUCUGGGAUAUAGGGGGGAAAUAUGACAAGGCAAAACCAAGGCACUGCGAGAUCUCUCCGUCCAGCCACUGUUUCCACCUCUUCAGCUGUCUCGAGCCAUCAGCCAAAAAGCAAUUGCA